UAAAAAGCUUUGAGUUCAACAGCAGUAACGUAACUGACUUGCUUUAGUUAUCAUGAAAAUUGCUACGCUGUGUGUGGCAAUCUUUUUGGUUGCCACGGUGUCCCGUACAGAAGGAAAACCUGUUCCAGGUUUUUUAGGAAUGCUCACCAACACUUUGGGAAUGCUAGGAAAUGCCGUUAACGAGGCUGAAGAUGUGGCAAAGAAGCCCAUUGACGAAGUGGUGAAAAUGAUUCACCCCUCCUCCAAAAAUAAAACGGAGACAACCACAACGGCAACAAUCACAACAGCAACAACCACACCAACACAGGAAGAAACCUCAGAAGACAAGCCAACAACGAAGAAAUUGAGUAUAAUGGGAAGAGCGGUAAAAUAUUGUUCUGAUGUUGUGAUCCAAGUCAUGGAUCCAAUGAUUGAUGUGGUCAGUCCUGGCCUAAGACUUACUGAGUUUACAGAAACUUGCAUGGAUAAAUUUUCGAAAACGUUCGAUCAUGUUUGGGGCACCAUUAUGGGUUCUUUGUAAAUGAACGUUUCUGAAUAUACUUCAUCGAUUGAAAAGUAUAUUUCAGAAAACAACCCCACUUUCUUCAGAUGACCAUUUUAUUCAAAUAUAAAAGGUUAUACAUGAAGACAUGUACGGUAUUCAUUAUUUUGUUCACGAUAUGUUUACAUCAUUUUCAAAAAGAGUUUUUCAAACGUUCAUGGAGAAGAGUUGUAAAAGUACUUCAUUAAAUGUU